AUGCUCUUCGGACACGAGCCCGCUGCGUCCCAGCUUGGCGCAAACAACGUCCCGUUCGAGGGCGAAGACUCGGGCUCCGUGGACGGGGAGCAGAUGACCAAGGUCCGCUCCCCGAGUUCAGGGCCCCCCAGCCCGCUGUCCGUGAACUCGGACUCCAGCUGCGCCAGCCCGGAGGCCAAGUCCGUGUCGACGCAGCAGAGGAUCAGGAGACCCCUGAACGCCUUCAUCAUCUGGACCAAAGAGGAGCGCAGGCGGCUGGCGCAGCUGAACCCAGACCUGGAGAACACGGAUCUGAGCAAAAUACUAGGAAAAACCUGGAAGGCCAUGCCCCUGGUUGAGAAGCGUCCAUACAUGCAGGAAGCAGAGCGUCUGAGGGUGCAGCACACCAUCGACUACCCCGACUACAAGUACCGGCCCCGCAGGAGGAGGCAGCUGAAGAAGAACGCCAAAGCCCAGGGGGCGGAGGCGUAUCACGCCUCGCUCUGCAGCUCGGGCUACCCCGUGCCUUUUAACCUCCACUACCUGCUCCAGAACCAGCGGCCUUCCUACCCAAGCAGCACUGCUUUCACAAACUCCCCGGCUACCUUCGCCCCUUUGGGCAGUUGCUACCAACAAGCUCCGGUGUUUCCAGACCCAGCAGCAGCAGCGGCGGUGGACGUCUUAUCAAAUAAGCCCGUGGGGUACUUAAACCCUCCUGCGUACCCUGCAGAGGCCCAGGUGUAUUUUGGCAGACAGCACAGGCACAUGCAGCACAGCUUCCCCACCGCUGCGGCUCCCCAUGUGGAUCAGGGGGAGUCCAGCAGGGUCUACGGGGGCCUGCUGAACUCUGCCGGGCCCUCCUUUGAGUUCUACCUGGAACAGGUUCAGCUGGACAUGCUGUACGACCUGGACCGCAGCGAGUUCGAACAGUACCUGGGCCCGAGCCCUCACAGGCCGGAGUCGGUGGACCUCGGCAGCUACCAGAGCAGCCACAGAGAGGGGCGCUCUGUCUCAUGA